AUGAAGGUUAUAUACGAAUUUAAAAAUGAAAAUUAUGAAUUAUUUUUUAGCGAACAAAAUAUUGACAAAAAUAUUAUUGAGAUGAUUGAUCAAAACUGUAAUAAAUGUAAGCAUUACGAGCUGGAGUUUAGCAAAGAAAUAAACGUAGAUUUGUUGAAUUUCCAACAAUAUAAUCUUUUGAAUACAAAAAAAAAAAAAAAAAAUAAAAAUAAAGAGGAAAAUGAUGCAGAAAAGGAAAGCGAAAUAAAUGGUAGCAUUGCAAACAAACUUUCCGAUAAAAAUAACUAUAAAGAAUUUCUUUUAAAAUGUAAACAGUAUUUUGAGGAAAAUGGGUAUAUAGUUAAGAAUGGGGAUUUAUAUGGAGGUGAAUAUUUAUUAUAUUUAACAGAUAAAAAAUAUACACAUUCAAUGUACAUUGUUUAUUUCAUAAAAGAAAAUGAUAUUUUAAGGGAUUUGAUUAAAAUAUUAAGAAUUUCACAUAGUAUAAAAAAAAACGUUAUCCUAAUUUUGGAAAGAAAGACUGAUAGUUUUAACCUUCAUAACAAUAUUGUUUAUGUAAAACUUUAUUCAUAUAAAUAA